GCCGACUUGUCCGCUGUGAAGGCUGUAGAAACCGUGAGUCAUCACGUUAGUCGAUAGGUGGUAAAAUUGCAUAGCCGAGGUGGAAAGUCGCCCACCUGGCCUCAUAUAACACGUCGUCUUGGCGAGGACUCCCCAGGUAGCCAUCCCAGCACGCAAUCCAACUCACUCCCCGCUCAACGACUUCAGCUGUCUAGAAUCCACACAACAUGUCCUCGGCACCGAUCGUUGAACUCCGCGACGUCGAGCUCCAUUACUUCGCGAUAUGCGGGCGCGGAGAACCGAUCCGCUUGCUACUCGAAGAUGCUGGCGUGCCUUACGUCGAGAACAACGACGGUGAUGCAUUUUUCGCCAAGAAGUGGGACCUGGACGAAUACCGGUUCAAUCAGCUGCCCAGGCUCAAGGUGAACGGCCUCAAUCUGGCUCAGCUAGAUGCGAUCCUGCGUUAUAUCGCCAAGGCAAGGGGCUAUGGAGGCAAUGGAAACCUUGAAGAUGAAGCUGUAGCAGACAUGCUUGCGGUUGCCUGCGAGGAUCUCCACGUCACAUACCUAUCAAAAGUAUACAGUCCUGACGCGGCAAAUCUUCUGCCACCGUUUGCGAAGGAGCAUGUGCCAAAGGUUCUGAAACAAUUUGAGCACCUACUCCAACAGAGCAAGAGUCCAAAGGGCUACUUUGUAUACGACCACCCGUCAUUCGCCGAGUUCCAUCUCUACUACCUCCUCUUCGCCCUUUCACAUCUCAACCCUGCCCUUCUCGCCAACUUCCCCGCCCUGUCCGCAUGGAGGGAGACGAUGAGUGCGAGGCAGGGCAUCAAGGCAUACGAGACGAGCGGGAGAAGGAGAGAGAUGCUGAACGCUGCCCCGACCGCUCAGAUGCGUGUCGUUUGAAAUGUCGCUAAUACAGACGGUAUCUGGAGCCGAGAGUGGGACUUCUGUUAGUUUGUCAUACUCAGGUGUUCAUCAGCUCAGCGUCUUGCUAUGAGGCAAUGGAAAGGCUACUCGCCGUCGAUCUUAUAACUGCAAUAUUUGUGGUUCCCUGACAGGCGCAUAG